AUGCCUCCCCGCCGCUCCGCCUCCGGCUACCGCGGCGUUCGCGCGCGGCCAAGCAGCCGCUUCGACGCCGAGAUUCGCUCCGGCGUGGAGCGCAUCCGCCUGGGCACCUUCGAUACGGCGCAAGAGGCGGCGCGCGCCUACGACGCCGUCGCCUGGCGCCUCGGCCGCUCCCGCCGCACAAUGAACUUCCACGAUGUGUGGACGCGGGAGCAGGCGGAGGAGCUCGCGCCGCCGUUGCCGGCCGUCACGGAACGCGACGAGCGCCUCCGCCUUGAGUGGGCGCGGAAAUUCCCGGAUGACGUCACCGCGAUGGAGGCGUUCUACGCACAGAAGGAGGAGCAGAAGGCGGCGGCGUGGAAGGCGGAGAAGGCGGCGAGGAGGGCGGAGGAGAAGAAAAACGGCGCACGGCCGUCAAUGAUCGUUCUCUCCUCCUCCUCCUCCUCCGAGUGGACAUCUACUCCGGUGUCCGACACUACUCCGGCGUCCGACAACACCCACUCGUCGGACUUCGACUGGGACUCGGAGUAG